AUGAAUAAAAUAAUAGAUUUGUAAAUAAAGUGUUCAAAUAAAGAACAUGAUAGUUUUGUGUAGUUGGCUUGUUUUAAUGAAAAUUGUAAAGCAAAUAGAAUUUAUUGUCUUGAAUGUUUAAGAUUAGGAUAUCAUUCAGUUCAUCCAAAUGAACAAUACGAUUUGAUAAAAUUACUUUAAUUUAUAAAACAAAUCAGAUAAAAAAGUGAUGAAUUAAUUAAGCAAUUAUCUUCAUGCAUUGAAAAAAUUAAUUUAUCAUUUUCAAUUUUAAGUUAAGGAUUAAAAUAAAAAUAUUAAUUAUCAGAAGAUUAAAUCUAAAGAUUUGAUGCAAAAUAAUUAAAUUAAGCAUUGGAUUAGAUGCUAAAGUAUAAUGAAACCGCAGGAAAAAUAUUACUAGAUGUCGGGAAUUGUUCAAAAGAAACAUUCAUUUAAUUAAAUAAAAUUAGUACAUAGUUUGAACUAAAUGAAUUAAUUUAUUGUGACUAAAUUGAAUAAUAAAAAGGUUAAGCUUAAGACUUAGAAGGUAAAAUAUUGAUAAUCUAACAUAUAGCUGAUAUAGCUUUGUUUAUAUAUUCAAAAAAUUUUGAUUCAAUAUGUCUUAAGGGUAAAAUCAAUUAAAUACCAAGAUAUUAGCUACCUCUUUAAUAGAACUUAACAAAUAUAAUGAUGCAAUUAUUUGCAUUGAUAAAGCAUUGUUAUUAUUAGAUUCAAAUCAUGUUAAAUCCUUUUAUUUAAAAGGUAAAAUAUAUUAUAGAUCAAUUUAUUAGCUAAAUCCUUACUUAAUCUUCGCCAUUAUAAUGAUGCAAUUACUUGGGCUGAUAAAGCAUUGUUAAUAGAUUCAAAACAUAUUGAUUCAUUAUGUAUUAAGGGUAAGAUUUGUUAUUCACCGAUGUAUUAGCAGGUUCUUUAAGAUCGCUUGGCAAUUAUAAAGAAGCACUUACUUUUGCUGAAUAAGCUUUGUUAUUAGAUUCAAAGCAUGAGGUAUCAAUAAAAAUAAAAGGUAAAAUAGUAUAUAUUAUUAUAAAGCUCUAUGUGAAAUAAAUAUUAAACAGAAAGGUAUUUUAAUAAGUUGAUUAUCAAGUAAUUUUGAUUCUAUGA